AUGGUUUCCACGGGCUAUGCUCCGAUGUCACCGCAGGGCAAUUCCACUCAAUCCCACAAUCACGAGUACCUUCCGAUGGGAACUCUUCCACAAACAAAUAGAUCGAACCAGUCACACAACUUCCGGAAUAAUGACCCCAGUACUGAAGUAUUGAUGAACGACCAUUCAGCCUUGUAUCCAGAGGAGGGCAGACCGGAUCUCAACAGAGACCAUUCUGGUACAGAUUUUACUGAGGCAGAAGAGCUCGCAAAGUAUCCAAUCUCUACAACUGUGCCACGGCAGUAUAGUUCAGGACACCUUUCUGAUCCGCCCAAAAACCACAAGGUCUUCGACUUCAGAGACUGGCAAUGGGAAUUUGCAGCCGCCGCCCUCAGCCUGGCCUGUUUCGCCGCUGUAGUCGUAGUGUUGAUUUCGUACCAGCACAAAUCCCUCGCCAGCUGGAAUUUUGUGUACGACAUUACCCUUAACACGCUGAUUGCGGUGCUUUCCACCCUGUCACGAACUGCGCUUCUGGUUCCCAUUGCAUCGUGCAUCAGCCAGCUGAAAUGGAUACACCUCGUAGGUGCCCCACGCUCUCUGCGUGAGGCCCAGGUCUUUGACGAUGCCAGCCGUGGCCCCUGGGGCUCUUUGGUACUCAUCUGGAGCCUAAACUUCAAGACAAAACUCGCUUCGUGGGGCUCCAUCAUUACGGUAUUAACUCUGACUAUGGGGCCUUUUGCACAACAGCUACUUUCGUAUCCUUCAAGAGCACAUGUCUCAACUGGAGCGACCUUCUCUACAAGCCAAAUAUACGACUCUGGUACAUCGAGGGCCACUACUUCAUCGUGGAUACGAGAACGAAAGAUGGAUCCCAAGUUGCAAGGUGCUAUACUAAAUGGACUCUACAACCUGAGUGCACCUGUUCAAUUCACCUGCCCUAGUGGUAAUUGUCGGUGGAACGAGUUCUCAACCUUGGCCGUAACGAGCAGCUGCAAGAACGUCACAGCUGACACUGAAAUACUUUGCGAUGAUGAGUCACGCAGCAUGUCAUGCAAUUAUACGACUCCCUCUGGCUUCUUCAUCAGCUCUAAUACCCACCAGAGCUCAGGGGGCGGAUCUUUCACCUAUUUCAACACUUCCGCUCGCACGAAUACCCUGUCGAAUAGCAACGAUAUAUAUAACAGCUCACUAGUAAGCUUCGCAAUGGCCAACAUGUACAACUCCAUGAACUUGGAGCUGCCAGACGUGACAGAGUGCAACAUCCGCUGGUGCGCUCGAAUUAACCGGGAUGUCAAUGUAGUGAACGGCACAUUCAACCCUGGCGUUACCGAAGACGUCGAACUCAUUGGAAUCGAGAAUCCUUAUCAGGUCCGCGGAACUACUCGACAAUGGGACAGUUUCAACACCACCGAUGAGUAUACCUCUUUCCCAGGAAACCGCAGUUUCAGCGUUAGCCCCAAUGAUAAUAUACAGAUCAAGGACUUUCUCCAAACCGUCUUCUCGUCUACGAUAGAUGACCCCUUCGGCCUGGCUUUGCUAAACACUACGAACCUCACAGACACCAUGGCCUCGAUUAGCGUGAGCAUGACGUAUGCGUUCGGGCAGAGUCCGAGCGGCACAAAGUUGGAAGGCGAAUCUAUUACUUCCGAGCAGUACAUUCUUGUCCACUGGCCGUGGAUAAGCCUCCCCUUGGCGGAGAUCGUCAUGGGCAUCGCGUUUUUGAUUUGUACGUUAGCACACACCCGGCGGAAAGGAGUGGUUGCUUGGAAGUCUUCGGGCAUAGUGCCGAUGCUUACGGUGAUGGACGGGUGGGAUACCAAGGAUCUUAGAGCUGCCUCUUGGAGGGAGGUUGAGAAGCGCUCGGAGCAUAUGCGUGGCCUCCUGGAGACGAGCAGAGAAGACGUGCAAUAUUUCAAACGUAUGGAUUCGUAG